AUUCUAAUUAAAAUUCGAAUGAAUGAUUAUUGGUUAUUUUGUUUGAUAAAACAAUUUCUAGUAAACGGAGGUGUUUGAAAGAGAAUAAAUUUUUUUUAAAUGAAAGAAGUUAAUUAUAUUUAUAAUAAAGAAUUUAAUGUUUGGCAAAACAAUAAAAAUAUAAGGAUCUGUACUUUUAAAAGGAAAAGAAAGGGAAAACUUUGAGACUGCCUUAAGAAAAUAAUUUAAUGCAUUAACAGUCAAAAAGAUAUUUGAGGAUUCUGAAUAGUGUAUGUAAGAAAAGUUAAAUGGAUCUAAAAUGAUAAUUUAUCAUACAGAUGAAUAUCCAGCUUUUGUUGAUGGUACAGGAAAGGAGGAUUACGUUCCAUCAUGUAUUAAUUAUUGAGAUAUGAUUAGUGUUUGUGGUGGCUGAGUAUCCAAAAUUGGUUGGUACAUUAUAAUUGAAGGAUGGAGUUGAUGAAGCAGGAGUAUUGAAAGCAGGAAAAGUAUUAUGGAAUUAAAUAUGUAAUUAAGAUAAGUUAGGAGAAUUUAAGAAAGAUUCUAUAAAGAAAUUAGUGAAUCAUUAAAAGAAGUAUUAAAAUAGAAUAUCUAGAUUAUUGGCAAUAAUAGCUAUUGGUUGUGAUAGUGUUGAUUUAAAGAAAGAAUAAGAGAAAGGAAUAGCUGGUUAUAUUUUGCAUAAAUAAGGAGAUAAAUUAUGGGAACAUGGUCCAAAUGAAUUAGGUCAACCAAUAGAACCAGAAAACUUUGAUGAAGUAUAAGAAACUAAAACAUAAAAUUAUGAAGAAUAUUCUGAUGAGGAUAUAGAUUUAAAUAUGAUUGCGCCAGGAACAAAGAAACCUGCAGUAAAAAAAGAAUAAAAAAAACCAAGUAAAGCAAAACCAAUUUAAUAAUAAUAAUAAUAAUAAGUAAAAUAACAAUUUGCGGAUGAUAGUGAUGAAGAUAAUAAACAUAAAAAGAAAGGUGGUAAAUAAGAAGAGAAACAUUAAUAAUAAUAAUAAUAAUAAGUUGGAGGUGUACCUACAAAAGUAAUGGAUGAAUACAUUAAGGAAUCAUUUUUAAAUGCUUGUAAAAUAGGAAUUAAUGAUAAAUAAUUACCUAUAGAAGGUUAAGUAUUUUAUGAAAAAUAUAUGCUUGCUUUUAAAAAACCUGGAAUUGAAUUAGAUUUGAAGAAUUCUUCAUAUUAAAAAAUUGGAAAGUAAAAUAUACUUUAUAAUAUAUAAGAUUUUUAUAGACAAUGUAAAAAGAUGGUUUGAUUGAAUACAAAGAAAUAAAAAAAGGUGGACAGCCUUCAAUAAUAAAGAUUGAUAGAUAACAUGAACAAAUUAGUGAUUGGGAACCAACUGUAUUAAAAGCAGCUAAGAAAGGUGAUGAAGAAAAAGAAGAUAAUAAUAAGAAUUAGAUAGCUUAAUAUAAAUAAAAUAUUGAAGUAACUGAUCUCUUUUUGCCAGUGGGUCCUUUAAUUAAAAUAUUUAGUAAGGAAGGUGAAGAAAAUUAAAAAGUUGAACCAUUAACAAGAGAGUAAUAUACAUCUUAAUUAAAUUAAUAUAUCAAAAAAAAUUUGAAAUAAGAGAAAAAGAUGAUAGUAUUAACAGAAGAUUUAAUGAAUGAAUUAGGAAUAAAGGAACAUUAAUCUGAUAGUGAAGAUGAAUAAAAAGAAGAAUAAUAAGAGGAGAAAGAGAAAGAAAAAGAAAAAGAGAAAGAAUAAAAAAGAAAAUAACCAUAAAAUUAAAUUACUUUAGAAAGAUUAUAAAAGAGAAUUGAAGAAUUAAUGUAAAAAAGUUAUAGGAUUAAAAAUUUGAGAUUAAAUUAAAGUGAAUUAAAGUAAGGUGAAUUUAAAGGGUUGUAAUUAAUAGCAGAGAAAUAACAUAAUCAAUAGGUCAAUAGAGUUGUUGGUUUAGAAUAAUUUGGAUUUGAUCAUUAAGGAAAGAUUGAAGAUAUUUAUAGUUUUGCAUAUGUAUUAAAAUAAAUGUAGGAAACAUUCCAUUGUGGUGUAGGUAUUCAUGAUGGAACUGGUAAAAAUGCAGGGAAGGUAUAAUUUAAUAAUAAAUGUAGGAAAUUAUUUUACAAAAAAAUGUAUUUGAUUAAUUGCCAGAUUAUUGUACUAAUAUUUUGAAAAUUGAUAGUAAAUAUAUCCAUGAGUAAAAUAAAUUGGGAACAAAUAAGAAAAAAUAAGAAGGAAUGACUAGAUAGUGAAGUCAUUAAUUUAUUUAAGUGAAGUUAUCAAAAUAUAAUAUAAAUUUAAUAAUUAG